CCUCUGUUAUAUUUAUUGUGCCCUAGUAGUUCUGUAUAACCAGUGCUUUAGUACAAAGAAACUUGUAAAGAACAAAUAAAUAAAAAUGUCACUUACGGGAAAUGCUUCAGAAAAUGCGGAUAACACGAAAAAUUAUUCAAUAACAGGUAUAAAAGAAAAUGGUAAUAAUACCAUGACAGCUAAUGCAUUUGUGAAUGGAUACAGAGAUACUCCAGACCCCACGAAAUUGGGUGCCCCUCAUUACUCUGUUGCUGGAGGAAGCUUGACUGUUGAAUCACAUGGUCACUCAGCAGGUGUAGCAGCUCAGCAUAUACCAAACUUUGGUGAUAGAGUAACUGGUUCAGCAAAUUUAAACCUCAUGAAUUCCGAGAUUCAUAAAUUGGAUGCCCAUGCUUUUAGCACCCAAACGAUACCAAAGGCUCAUCCGAAUUUCGCAACCCAUGGCGGAGGAGUCGAUUAUACUUAUAUGAACAAACACGGUGCAAGUGCGUCUGUAACCCAUACUCCGAUGUUCAACAAGACAGAUCACAAUGUGGGAGCCCACUUUAACCUCCAUCAAACACCUACUUCUUCCCUAGACUUCAAUGUUGAGGCAUCAAAGAGCAAAUCACCCUUUUCAAAUGGUAAUUGGGACAAACAGGGAUCGUUUAUAUUCAGAAAACAGUUUUAAUAUGAAAAGUGUAUUUAACACGUACAAGUAUAAUUUGUGCUUAUAUUUAUACCCAUUAAUUAUACGGAAAUUAUAUAGAAUUUUAUGUUUCAUGUAUGACGAUUACGCACUUGAUAUACUUUUUUAUUUAUAAAAAACUUACUUGA